UUUGCUUCGCUUUGCUGCCAUUGCUGCUGCUGCGUGGACUCUGAUGCGCUCUGAUUCUAACCUUCAAUCAUCGGCACCACACCAUCGCUUUUGUUUCUUCAACAAUCUCUGUUCUCAAUCUCACCUCACACCCACGUCGCAAUUUUCUCCCGAACCUUCUAGUCUGCACCUUCCGAUCCACGUCAUCAGAAGUUUCCCGCUCAGGUGUGGUUUUGAGGAAUUGCCGAGUGGGGUUGAUUUUCGAACAGCUUGCACCUUUGGGAUAGUUUUCUGGAACAGAGUGUCGAACUGAAGAAAUGAAGGUUACUGUGUUGACUGCAGACGAGCGCAUUGUCUCCCUUGACGUGGAGCCCGAUGAAUUGGUAGAAAAUCUGAAAGCUAUCCUGGAGGUGGAGACUCAAGUACCUCUAGCGCAGCAGCAGUUACUCUUCAAUGGAAGAGAGAUUCCGAAUUCAUCUCGCCUCAAUGCAGCUGGUGUUGGAGAUAACGACCUACUCAUGCUUGUGUCAGCGCGUGCUGCCUCCAGUCCUGCAAGUGCCGCACCGACAGACUUAGGUCUCAAUCCUGAUGGAUCUGCCAUCAAUCCUAUUGCACUCAUUAGACAUUUACGGGGUGACCCCAACAUAAUGAGGCAACUCCAAGAGUCUAAUCGAGAACUCUCGCAAGCUAUAUCGAAUGACAACGUGGAUCUGCUACAAAACAUUCUGCGGCAGCAGCACCAACAAAAGCUGUUGAUGCAGCAACAACGUCAACGUGAAAUUGAUUUAAUGAAUGCCGAUCCUUUCGAUGUAGAAGCUCAGAAGAGAAUUGAGGAGGCCAUCCAACAGAAAAAUGUGGAUGAAAAUUGGGAGGCUGCGCUAGAGUAUAACCCUGAAGCCUUCGCUCGUGUGAUUAUGCUCUAUGUUGACAUGGAGGUGAACGGUUUCCCUUUGAAGGCAUUUGUGGACAGUGGCGCACAGAGCACCAUUAUUUCUAAAACCUGUGCGGAAAGAUGCGGACUUCUCAGGUUGAUGGAUAAGCGCUACAGAGGUAUAGCAAAGGGAGUGGGGCAAUCAGAAAUCGUAGGUCGGAUUCAUGUUGCUCCUCUCAAGAUAGGAAAGAACUUCUAUCCAUGCUCCUUCACAGUGCUUGAUCAAGCGGACCUGGAGUUUAUUUUUGGCCUUGAUAUGCUUCGUAAACAUCAAUGCUCAAUUGACUUAAAGGAUAAUGUACUUCGAGUUGGCGGAGGGGAGAUUUCCGUCCCGUUUCUGCAAGAGAAUGAGUUGCCGUUGCAUUUGCAUGAUGACAAGCGAUUAGAAGAGCCUUCAUCUUCGGGACCUAGCAGCUCAGCUGUUGCCUUGCAUCCUCCUGCUCCCAUUCAUGCUCCGGGAGGUCCAGUUUCUAGUCAAGAUUCCAACAAGAGAGCAAGAACCCCUCAGGAGACUCAGAAUGAUCCGAAGGUGCAGAGGUUGAUGGAACUUGGGUUUGAUCGCAACACUGUUGUCCAAGCUCUCACUCUUUUCAAUGGAAACGAAGAACUGGCUGCUAGCUACUUGUUUGGAGGGUUCUAAGAUAUUAAGUACUUAGCUCUAUUGGUUUUAUCCUUCAAUUUGGUUGUUGCUCAUUUUGUCCAGGUCAAGUUCAAUGUAGUGUAAUCUGCCGCAGAUGACAAGUUGUUCACCAUUCUUUGAAAUGUUGUGAUGUUUCCGAAUUGAGCUCAAUUGUUAGUCUCUAUCUGCAUUGUUUAUAGCUGAUAGAAGUGGAUACUUGGGUGGCAAGAGGUAUUAGAGCAAAAAAUAAAAUAAAAUAAAUGUGUUUUAUUUUA